AAUUCUGCUAUCAUGUGGCCACCAAAUCCCCGGAGCCUACUAUCACAGAAUGGCGAGGUGGGGGCCAUGGGACACUUUCAGCAGUCGCAACCUGCACCAGUGGCUCCACAACAGAGCCUGCCGAUCACGAUCGAUGGUUCCAGCAUCACUACCACAUCUCACCAACCAUCUGCACCGUUGGCGACUGGCGGUCCAAGUAGCACUGCCUCAUCACAAUCAAUAUCCACGAAACCAGCCAGAAAACAAUAUGGAUUGGUGCAACCAGAACCAGUGGCUCCAAAACAGACCCUGCCGACGAUGACCGACAGUUCCAGCAGCUCCGGCAUAUCUCACCAACCAUCUGCACCAUCUACGACUGGCAGUCCGAGCUGCACCGCCUCAUCACAAUAUAUAUCCAUGGAAGCGGCAGGAAAACAAAAUGGAUUGGCGCAACCCACACCAAUGGCUCCACAACAAACCCUGCUGAUGAUGACGGACAGUUCCGACAGCUCUAGCACAUCUCACCAACCAUCUGUAUCAUUGGCGAUUGGGGAUCCUAGCGGCACCGUCUCAUUACAAUCGACAUCCAUGAAACUGGCCAGAAAACAGUAUGGAUUGGUGAGAGAGAAUGGUGUCACAAGAAUCAUCCCGUCGCCCACCUCCAUUUGUCUUGCUGAAGUGCAGUCGAAAGAACCCAAUUCAAGCAUUCCCGGCCCAUCAUCCACGAUUCUUGAACGGGCGAUGAGGAUUCUUAAGAACAAGAGUAUCAAGAUUCCCUGGAGCUCUCAGAAAAGGGCUGCCCACCAGCGUCUCCGGAAGAUCAUGCUGCCGCUUGAAGAAGAAGACCCAGGCAUUGGAGACGGUGAUUUUCUCCAUCUCAGAAGUGGGGUUAUUCCGAUAAGGCCCACCACUCAGCGGACCACUACACUAAGCCAUUGCGAUAACAGAGGUGAGGGCAUAGAUGGUGAUAAUGCAUCCAGAGGUGGAGAUGUUCUACCGGAGACGAAUUCUCCGCACCACUCGCAGAACAUGAUGCCACACCCUUCUGAGAAUGGUGGGGGCAGCAAUGGAGAUGACGCAUUCCUUCUCACCGCCAGAGAUAUUCCAACGCACCUCUCACAUACCACGAUGCCACACCCUUCCAGCAAUGAAGGUGGGGGCAGCAAUGGAGAUGGCACAAUCCUUCUCAGCACUGGAGAUGUUCCGAAAGGGCUCACCACUCGCCGCCUUUCACAGAACCUGGUGCCACACCCUUCCAGAAAUGAAGGAGGGGCCAACAUUAAUGGAGAUGAUGCAUUCCUUCUUAGUAUUGGAGAUGUUUCGACAGGGUCCACAACUCGUGUCUUUCAGACCACGAUGCUCCUCCAUUCCGACAACGAAGGUGGGAGCAGCAAUGGAGAAGACACAUUCCUUCUUAGUGCUGGAGAUGUUUCAAUGGGGCCCAACAUUCCGCACCUCUCGCAGACCAUGAUGCCGCACCUUUCUAACAGUGAAGGUGGAGGUGGGCAAGGUGACAAUGCAUCCCUUUAUGAUGGUAGAGAUACGCCAACAGAGCCCACUAUUCCACAGCCCAUGCAGACCAUGACACUGCAACAUUCUGACCAAGAAUGCACCAACAGCAUCGGCAGCGACAUGUUCUAUUGUGGCAGUACACAUUUUCUGUAAAGCCCAUCUGGGAUGCUGAAUAGAAGUUGGUUGCCUUCGUUAGAUGAAGUUCCAUGGAUUCGCACUGCUCCUGCAAGAUUGUCGGCUCCAGUCGUUUCAUUGCUGCUGCCUCUACCAUCCAAUACAGAACUGCUGGAGGCGAUGAAUUCUACACCAUUAAAUACAGAAACACCGGGAGCCGUGAUUUCUACACCAUCCAAUACAGAACAUCCGGGAGCCACAACGUCUAAACCAUCUAAUACAGAACCAUGGGGACCCAUGAUUUCUACAUCACCCAAUACAGAACUGCUGGUGCCGACAACUUCUACACCAUUGAAGGAAACUUACAAUGAAAACCAAACAGAUACAAAGUAAAGAAAUCUAUGUUGUGUUGUUUAAUGGAUUUUUUCCUCCUUGAAUGCAAUGAAAUCUUUUGACCAUGAAUAGAUUUCCUCACGCGUGUAAAAGGAAUGUAAUGUAA